AUGGUGGCUAAUAUUAUAUACAAUAUAUUCUUUCACCCCUUGUCGAACCUACCAGGGCCCUUCUUUGCCAAAAUCUCCUCCAUGCCCUCUUUCUAUCACGCUUAUAAAGGAGACAGACACAUCUGGUUGUGGCAGCAAUUUCAGAUCUACGGCAGCAGGAUUCGCGCAGCUCCAAAUCUUGUCCUCUUCAAUAGCCCCACCGCAUACAAUGCAAUCUAUUCUUUCAAGUCCAAUGUCAAACGUUCCAGUUUCUACGAUGCUUGGGGACGCAAUGUGGAUGAUGUCAAUGUCUUGAUGACGUCUGACACGCAGCUCCAUGCAAGAAAACGACGAUUACUCAGUCUAGCUUUCACAGAUCAUUCUGUCAAAGCCUCAAGCCCGGGUACUAAAUUUAUGGCGAAGCAUAUCGACCGUUGGAACAAAUUGUUGGGAGGUGAACUGAAUGACCAGAUGGAGGAAGGGUGGUCUGCGCCCCGCGAUAUUGCCACCUGGGCCAAUUACUUGGUAUUUGAUCUUCUGGGCGAUCUUUGCUUUGGCGCCGAUUUCAAGACCAAAGAACCCGGUGAGAACAACUUGAAGAAGAUUGUUGAUGCGUUUGACACGUUUGUCACGUUCAAUUACCCAAUUACAAAAUCCCCACUGUUAGAUACUCUUGUGUGGCUCAAGCCUCGCGGUCUCAACUCAAUUAUCGAGCGCUUGGCGCCGCAAGAGAUCAAAGAUCAUUACGCUUUCGUCGAGUUGCUAGUGAGAAGCCGUAUGGCCGCAGAGGAGAAGCGAGAAACAGAGAAGAGCCCCGUUGAACGAGAGGACAUGCUGCACUUCCUCUGUAGUGCUAAGGACCCUGAAACUGGGAAGCCAGCCUUUGGCUUCAAAGAAUUGCUCGCGGAAGCAAACCUGCUCAUACUUGCCGGCUCGGACACAACUGCUAUCACUAUCAGCACCGUCUUCUUCUACAUCUGUCAUGAUAAGCGCGUCUAUCUCAAGUUGGUACGCGAGAUUCGCAGCACCUUUCCCAACCCUGAGGCUAUUGUGCAUUGUCCUGAGCUGCUCAAUUGCAAGUACCUAAGAGCAUGUAUCGACGAGACGCUGCGCAUGGCACCAGCCGCCCCAAGCGAACUUCCCAGAGAGGUCCUUCCCGGAGGCGUGGAAAUCGACGGUGAUCACUAUCCCCAAGGAGUCAUCGUUGGCACACCCAACUGGUCCAUGGGUCGAAAUGAAGAGCAUUACGGUGAUGCGUACACCUUCAGACCGGAGCGUUGGAUUGUCUCGGAUGAUUUGGACACUCUCAAUACAGAAGAAGAGGUACUUAGGCUUAAGCGUGGCCUUCAUACGUUUCUGAGGGGCCCUGGGGAUUGUAUUGGCCAGAAGCUGGCCGUUCUUGAAUUGUGCAUGGUCAUUGCAAGGACUCUAUGGCGAUUUGAUGUUCGCCUGACACCGGGAACGCAUGUUGGGGAAGGGCAUGCUAACCUAGGCUGGGGCUGCCGGGAUCCGAAGCAGUUCAUGUUGAAGGAUGCGUAUAUUUCCAUGCGUGAAGGGCCAAUGUUGCAAUUUAAGCCUAGAUAG